GCCUGCUAGAGAUUGGCUUCCCAUUCGUUUCCGGUGAGGCAGCAAGCCAAAGAUUGUGUAGGAAAACACAGUAGAGGAGUGUUUCUAAUUGUCGGUUAGUUCAGGAGCUUGGAUUUUGGGGUAGAGGUGUUAUUGGAAAACAUGGCACUAAGUGGCACCAGCAGUGAUGAAGAACGCAGCCUUCGUGAGUGUGAGCUGUAUGUGCAGAGACAUAACAUCCAGCAACUUCUUAAGGACUGCAUUGUCCAGUUGUGCACAGUUAGACCUGAGAGACCAAUGGCAUUUCUUAAAGAAUAUUUUGAAAGACUGGAGAAGGAGGAAGCUAAGCAGAUGCUUAGCCAGCAGAGAUCAGGUUCUCGCUCUGACUCUAGGGAAGAUGAGAUCUCACCACCGCCUCCAAUGAACCCUGUUGUGAAAGGUCGAAGACGAAGAGGAGCCAUCAGUGCAGAGGUGUAUACAGAGGAGGAUGCUGCAUCAUAUGUCAGAAAGGUGAUUCCCAAAGAUUACAAAACAAUGGCUGCUUUGGCUAAAGCUAUUGAAAAAAAUGUGCUUUUUGCACACCUGGAUGACAAUGAAAGAAGUGAUAUUUUUGAUGCCAUGUUCUCUGUCACGUACAUUGCAGGAGAGACCGUUAUACAGCAGGGUGAUGAAGGAGACAACUUUUAUGUCAUAGACCAGGGAGAGAUGGAUGUCUAUGUUUCCAGCGAACCGGCGACUGGCUUAGGAGAAGCCACUUCAUACGCAGAAUUGGCAAUUAUCCAUGGCACUCCAAAUGCAUCUACAUAUCAACCAAAAACAGAUACUAGAUGCUGGGGUGUCGAUUCGGAUGCAGAGCAGUCUAUUCUGUCCGGAAGUACUCUUCGGAAAAGAAAGAUGUACGAAGAAUUCCUAAGCAAAGUGUCUAUACUGGAGUCUUUGGACAAGUGGGAGCGUCUUACAGUGGCAGAUGCUUUGGAACCAGUUCAGUUUGAGGAUGGUCAAAAGAUUGUCGUGCAAGGAGAACCUGGAGAUGAAUUUUUCAUCAUCUUGGAGGGAACAGCUGCUGUACUACAGCGCAGAUCAGAGAAUGAAGAAUUUGUUGAAGUAGGAAGAUUGGGACCAUCUGAUUAUUUUGGUGAAAUAGCUCUGCUGAUGAAUCGCCCUCGUGCUGCUACAGUGGUAGCUCGUGGCCCUUUGAAGUGUGUAAAACUUGACAGGCCACGAUUUGAACGUGUCCUUGGUCCAUGCUCAGAUAUUCUUAAACGAAACAUUCAACAGUACAAUAGUUUUGUGUCGCUGUCUGUCUGACACACUUUUCUUUCUCUUGUUUUCCCCUCCCCCCAAAACAUGGGCUUCACCAAUGCAAACUGCUUUGUGUCUAUUUGCAGUGCCACUGGGCCACCAGAACAUUAAAAAUUAAAAUGGCCAACUAACAGGAGUUUUCUGAAUAUUUGAAGGCGAAGCAAAUCAUUCUUGGUUUUUGGAAGUUAUGUUUCCUUUAGAGCAUCUUUGUGCUCUGUUUUCAGCUACAGUGCCCAUGGAAUUGUAUAUAUUUGUUAGUGCUUUUCCUCCUCCAUUUGCAGGUGUAGUUUUUAUAUGCUUCCCGUGUAUUAGUUACAGCUGUGAUUUUGAGGAGAAUGGGUUCUUAUCACCACGUAAAUAGCAUUGUUACAGGAUGAGGGUCGUAACAACAAAGAAUGUAUAGAUGACAUUUGUGUCAGUUUCAUAUUUGAUAACACAUUUUGUAAGUUAAUGAAAUAUGCUGUAUUUCUGAACAUUUAAAUAGGCAUCCAUAGAUGAAAAUUUUAGGUUUUAUUGUUACUAUAAUUUUGGUGCAAAUGAUAGGGCCUGGACACUUGACUCAAUGGUCUGUAAUGUAGCACUUUUUCUUUUCCAGCAGGCUUUAGUAUAGUACGUUUUUUUUUUUUAAUUUUGUCUAAAUUACAUUCUUACAGCAGCCUUUGUUUCAUAGCUGUUACACUGAUUUGCUACAAAUAAAUUUCCAUAGAGAUGAGUCCUGUCCAUUAAGGGUUGAGUUCUGAUUUACUAGCAAGUACUACUUUGUAUUCUUAGUUUGUUUUCAGGUGUGGAUGUCCAUCCCAUUGCAUAUUUACCAUUGAGAAUCUUUAACCAAAAUCGGGGGUGAUUUAGAAGUACUUGCCUUCCUGGCUUUGUUCUGUAAACCUUAUAUUGUUCCAUAAGCCAUACAGCUGUCAGGCUAGUGCCAAAUAUUAAACAUUUAGAUAUCAUGGAAGGAUUUUAGUGGACAGUAUAUAGAUCUUCCUGCCCAUGUUGCACACCUGUGCCUUUACCUUUGCUGUUGAAGGUCUGUCUCAAUUUUUUAAAGGUUGUGUGUAGAUUUUGGUGCAGACAGAGUAAUAUACUGUUUCACUUAAUACUGACUGUCCUUCACCUUUUGUAACUAUUUUAUCAUAUAAAAGAAGUUGCACUGGUUAUGAACAUCUGAAAAUUUGGAAUUAAUACUGUACCUACUAAUUAUAGUUUCAUGAUCAUUGUAACAUGCAAUCAUAUAUUUCAUGCAAUUCAUACUGUUGAAUUGUUGCAGAGUCUUGCGUGUAUUUCAGUAUUUACCAGCUUUGUGUUACAUCUUUUUUUCAUAACUGAAUAUGUACAAAAUUCCACAGUUCUGUAAUGUAUGUAAUAAGCAUAUUUGUUACAUGAUUUGUACAACAAAUUUGAAAAUUUGUAUUUGGAAGCUGCAUCAGACAGAUAUUUGGUAUCAUUGUGUUUGUCAUCUUUCUCUUUUUGAAAAGAAUUUCUUAGCUUCUUUGAACUGAUGAUGUUUUUUGCAAUACAGGAGUUUUUUAUUAGAACAUAUUAUGCCCUUGAGUUAUAUAGAUUGUUGCUUAUUGUCCGUUGAGGUCGUUUGCAUUGCAUAGAGAAGCGUCAGUCCCAUGUUUGGCUGUGUGGUACAGAUCUGUGUUCUGUGCCUGUAGGGUAUGUCAAGGGUAGCAUCCAAACUCAUAUCCAUGUACAUGGAGUUGAUCCAAAGUAGGUCAUACAGAUGAAGCAGUGGGCUUUAUACCAAGCAGGUCAUACAGAUGAAGCAGUGGGCUUUAUACCAACAUGGAAUAGGCAUGGUUAAGCAGUCAUCUGUAGGUUGAUCUCAACGGACCUGAGAUUACUGGAAACCAUAGUUGACUGGCUUCUCCAGCUUUAAGUGAUGCAGCUGUAGGAAGAGGGCAUGUAAACUGCAGAAGUAGGCCCAGAGCAGAAUAUGUAAAAUCAGUUUAGCCAUUAAUGAACUGUACACUAGAAGUUUAGUUAUGAAAGAUAAAUUUACCUACAAAAUGAGUAUAUAUACUAGAAAUUGCAUUUUAUUUAUCAGUGUAUAUAAUUUUAAUAGCUCUUUAUUGUUUCAGAAAUGUUAGAACGUGAACUAUUUUUGAUAUGUUUGUCCAUUUGGCAGACUUUUAUCAUAGAGGGCAUAGAUGAAAUUGCUGUUCAGUUUAUCAUUUAAUGUUUUUAACUAACAGCUUCCCCUUCCCCCAACAAAAUCAAAACCAUACCCUGGAUUUGUUUUUUUUUCUUUUGGCUUGCCGUGCACUUCCAGUUGUUUAUUUUUUUAAUUAUACAUUUGUAAAGAUAAAGCAGUUUAACUAUUAUCGCAGUUAUAGCUUUACCUUUGUGCGCAACUUCACUAUGUAUGUAUAGAUCCUUAAUUGAUAGUUUGCCUUAGCUAAUAUAUUCAGGGCUUUAGAAGUGCUUUCUCCUAGCCCACUUAUAGUGUGUUUAAGUCUGCAGCCCUAAGGGUGCUGUAGAAAAUCAGAGGACCAUUUUUGUAUUGUUACUUGACUAUAUAAGGCCUGAUUUACUGUAUGUGCUAAAUAAUUAUAUUACUUUUGUUAGAGAUUGUCCUGAUGGCAAGUCAAGCAAUAAAAACAAUUUAAAUUCUUAA